UAAAUUUUGUCUGCGCCAACACUCGAACUUCAAGUUGUGCCUCGCAGCGAGGGGAAUACCGGAUUGAGCCUCGAUUUAUCGUCUGUACGAUUGCACACAGAGACCAUUGACGCAGCAUGGCUUCUGCAGUGCAAUCGGUGCGACUCUGUCUACGUGCCGCACGCCGGCGAGCUGCCGCACCAGCCACUGCCACACCACGCCGGCAGUACCUCGCCGUUCGCACCUUUUCCUCGACUCCUUUCCAGCGUCAACCUGCGACUCGGAAGGAUGAGGACGAUAUAAACGAGCUGGAGAGGGAGAUACAAGAAAUAGAUGAGGCGGACGAGAUUGACCCUGUUGAAUAUGAACGCGCCCUCUCAGAACUUGCACGAGACAGGGGUUUCCAAAAUGCCACCACCGCCGCGGAGCGUGCCGCCAACAACAUGGGUGAAGUAAUGACUGAAGCCAUGCGACUCCCGAGGCUCCAGGGCAAACUAUUCUGGGCUGAGGAAGAACCUGAUCAAGACCUUAUCGACGACGAACUAGAUGUCGACAAAUUCGACGAGGAUGAUAUCAUGGCUAUGGCACAUGGCAAAUUCGAGGAAUUCCGCGAAUACCGCGAGUAUGCCCGUAUCGCUGCGUGGCAGAUGCCUCUUCUCUCCAAGUUAGCGACUCCUUUCGAACCACCGACCGCCCAAGAACCAUUGCGAUUCCGUUAUACCAGCUAUAUGGGAGAAUUUCAUCCUGCAGAGAAAAAGGUCGUGGUGGAAUUCUCUCCAAGAGAUAUGCCUUUGACUGAGGCGCAGCAACAGAAGCUCAGGAAACUGCUGGGCCCGCGGUUGAAUCCUGAGACCGACAUUGCGAAGAUGAGCUGUGAACAGUUUGAACACCAGGCGCAGAAUAAGAGGUACCUCGGUGACGUUGUCAACAAGCUUGUGGCACAGGCAAAGGACCCUACGGACAUGUUCGAAGAUGUACCUCUCGACACGAGGCACCACACAUUUAAAGUAAAGCCCAAGUUCCCUAAGGAAUGGCGGCUGACAGAGGAGCGACGACAGUUCCUGGAGGAGUCAAGGCAGCAAGCCCUGCUGCUCGAUCAAAAGAAGGAAGAGGAGGGUACCUUGGUCAACGGCGCGGAGAGGAUUGAAGAGGUCUAUAACCCUCCCAAAACUGAAAAAAUUCCCGAAAUGGCUGAAACGGCCAAUGCUCGUCUUCGCAGUUUCUUGUCGCCGCCUCCACUGAGGAGACAUCAGCACCCACCUUUAGGACGCUAGAUGUAUAAAUCUAUAUACUAUGUGUAGUACUAUCAUGUAGAAAUAGACUGGCUCCAAUCCGAGGAGUCUUGAUGAUGAAAUGUAGUCAACGUCAAGAAACAGCGUCGAGUCUUGUACACUCUUGAACAGUUCUAUAGGAGAGUCAACUGUACAUAUACAUGGUGUCUAUGAAAUGGUUUCUUCUCCUACGGGAAUGCCGAGUUUAGCUAUCUUACCGCUACCAAGCACUCCUGGCUAGUUGGGGAGAUAUGAUCACGAUUAAAUAGCAGAUAUAUCUCAUCUAGCUACUGGACCGGACAUGCCUCACAAUCUAAACAGAGUCAUUCACAAAAUACUCUCAAUGGUACCUAUUCAAUAUCAUCCAUUUUUACUGUAGCCGAAGAUAUCCUCAACGAGUGGGAUGGGGAAUUCUCGAAACGCUGUGUAAUAGGAGGACUCUCUACGAGCUAAUAAAGAUAUAAUUUUCAAUUGCGGCAUAAUAAAACAAAUCGAAGCCAUCCGCAUCUAAGAAAUUC